CACAUCUGCUCCUAACUUUAGUUUUUCUUGCACUUUUAUUGAUACCGUUUUCUCAGGUCGAUAUAGAGAAAAAGUACAGUUAUGGCUAACCUGUUGACGGCGAUAUGUGUGGCUUUCUUGGGGUUUGUUGUGUAUUCGUUAUUCGAUCACAGUAACCAACUGAAACGAAAUACCGAGGAGAUAAGUAGACUCCGCAAGGAAAACCAUAAUCUCCAAAUACACGAAUACAUCCUGAACGAUCUCAAGAGCCAGGUUCAGGGUUUGAGGGAGGAAAAUGGACACUUUAGAAAAGAGAUUGAUCGUCUGAAUCAUCAACGAGAGCUAACGAAAGACCGGCUAGAAGCUCUGAAAGACGAAGUUAGGAAACGUGAUGAGGCUUUGAAAGAAUUCGACAAGGGUGUGAACAUCAUGCAUGAGGAAUUGAAGAAUACUGUCAAGGAGUUGGAUAAACUGGUAAAUCACGUGACAAACAUGGACAAAAUGAUGGAAAAGCUGGAUCAUAAAUACGUCAGUGCCAUGAACGAGCUAAACGACAUAAAAGGAAAGUUGAACCAGGACAGAAACCAUUACCACAAACAUGAACACGAGUAUUCUAGCGGCGGAACCAUUCUCGGCGCCAUUCGUUACACCAUCAACGUCAUCGCUAACAAACUACUUGGUUUUGCCCUUGGAGGAAUCUCAUCAGUACUUUUACUGAAUUGAAACUUAUUUGAAUUCCAUAUAUCAAGUUCUAAUUACUUUUUUCUAUUUCUUUAUAUAUUGUAUAUUUAUAAUUUUUAAUUCAUAAUGUGUGCCACAUUUAAAAUACAGAUGUUUUCAUAUCAUUUGUACUGUAUGUAAAGUAAAGAUCUGUCUGUUUGUCUUUCAACCUGUCGGUCGAUCAUCGAUCGAUUGAGAAGACCUGUGCUUAUUAAUAAAUUAUCUAAAAGUA